UUUAUUGCCGCACCGGAAACCUCUCUUUAUCGCCAUUUUAGACGUCGGCGAGGCGAGAGGAGACCAGCAGUUUAACGUUUAGUUCUCCCCCAGUGCAAAGUAAUCGGUCUCUGUGAAGUUAUGCCGAUGACUUAGUGGUUUUGUGAAGAAUCUCCGUCACGCUGUAUUUGUUCCUGAUUCUGACAGAGUAUUAUUAGCGUAGCUACUCUUCCAGCCAUGGCGACGGAGGCAGCAGGCGACAAGGCCGCAGCAGAAUAUAUUCCUGAGAAGGUGAAGAAGGCAGAGAAGAAGUUGGAAGAAAACCCAUAUGACCUUGACGCAUGGAGCAUUCUGAUUCGAGAAACACAGAAUCAACCCAUAGAUAAAGCAAGGAAGACCUAUGAACGACUUGUCUCACAGUUUCCAAGUUCUGGCAGAUUCUGGAAGCUGUUCAUUGAUGCUGAGAUCAAGGCAAAAAACUAUGACAGAGUAGAGAAGUUGUUCCAGAGAUGCCUAAUGAAAGUGUUGCACAUUGACCUGUGGAAAUGUUACCUCUCGUAUGUUCGUGAGACCAAAGGAAAGCUUCCCAGCUACAAAGAGAAGAUGGCCCAGGCGUAUGAUUUUGCCCUUGAUAAGAUCGGCAUGGAAAUUAUGUCUUAUCAGAUUUGGGUGGACUACAUCAAUUUCCUCAAAGGAGUUGAGGCGGUGGGCUCAUACGCAGAGAACCAGCGGAUCACUGCAGUUCGGAGGGUGUACCAAAGAGGCUGCGUGAACCCCAUGAUUAACAUCGAGCAGCUCUGGAGAGAUUAUAACAAAUAUGAGGAGGGAAUAAACGUGCACCUGGCCAAAAAGAUGAUUGAGGACCGAAGCAGAGACUACAUGAACGCAAGGAGAGUGGCUAAGGAGUAUGAGACUGUGAUGAAAGGGUUAGACAGGAACGCACCUUCAGUUGCGCCACAGAACUCUCCCCAGGAGGCACAGCAGGUGGAAAUGUGGAAAAAGUACAUCCAGUGGGAGAAAAGCAACCCGCUGCGCACAGAAGAUCAGACUCUCAUCACAAAGAGAGUGAUGUUUGCCUUUGAGCAGUGCCUGCUGGUGCUGGGCCACCAUCCUGACAUCUGGUAUGAGGCAGCUCAGUACCUGGAGCAGUCCAGCAAACUGCUGGCAGAGAAAGGGGACAUGAAUAAUUCAAAACUGUUUAGUGACGAAGCAGCCAACAUCUACGAACGUGCCAUCGGGACCCUUCUGAAAAAGAACAUGCUUCUCUAUUUCGCUUUCGCUGAUUAUGAAGAAAGUCGCAUGAAGUACGAGAAAGUGCACAGCAUCUAUAACAAGCUGCUGGCCAUCGAGGACGUCGACCCCACGCUGGUCUACACCCAGUACAUGAAGUUCGCCAGGAGGGCGGAGGGCAUCAAAUCAGGUCGCACCAUUUUCAAAAAGGCACGAGAGGAUCCGCGCAUACGUCACCACGUGUACGUGUCGGCGGCGCUCAUGGAGUACUACUGCAGCAAAGAUAAAUCUGUGGCCUUCAAGAUUUUUGAGCUUGGUCUGAAGAAAUACGGCGACAUUCCAGAGUACAUACUUGCAUACAUCGAUUACCUCUCCCACCUUAAUGAGGAUAACAACACCAGAGUGUUGUUUGAGCGAGUCCUCACCUCAGGAAGUUUAUCUCCAGAAAAGUCGGGAGAGGUCUGGGCUCGCUUCCUGGCAUUUGAGAGCAACAUUGGAGACCUGGCCAGUAUUCUGAAAGUAGAGCGCCGGCGCUUCACUGCCUUCAAAGAUGAAUACGAGGGCAAAGAAACAGCCUUGCUUGUGGAUCGAUACAAGUUCAUGGACCUGUAUCCCUGCUCUACCAGUGAACUGAAAGCCCUUGGAUACAAGGACGUUUCUCGUGCCAAACUGACAUCKCUGCUCCCAGAGACCGUGGUAGCCCCCUCUGUGCCUACGCAUAAAGACGAAAUCGAUCGUAAACCCGAGUACCCCAAACCCGACACCAAUCAGAUGAUCCCCUUCCAGCCGCGUCACCUCGCUCCUCCAGGUUUACACCCYGUCCCUGGUGGAGUUUUCCCCGUCCCUCCAGCUGCUGUUGUCCUAAUGAAGCUGCUCCCUCCUCCUUCCUGCUUCACUGGUCCUUUUGUUCAAGUGGAUGAGCUCUUGGAAACUUUAAGGAGAUGCACACUUCCUGAAACGGUUGAAGCUGCUAUAGAGCUGAUCACUGGCAGACUGCCCGAUUCAGGCGUGGAYGGCAUCGGAGCCAUGGAGAACCACACCAUCACCAAAACACUUAAGAGGCCCAACGCAGACUCGGACGAAGAGGACGACAAGGGAGCCGUGGCUCCGCCCAUACACGACAUCUACCGCGCACGCCAGCAGAAAAGGAUUCGAUAAAACACGGCGCAAACACUUCUAGGAUCUUUUACACAGGUGGUCACAUGAGAUCAGUAUACACAUCCGCACUAGAUUCUACAUCUGUACAAGAAACAUACUCACACACACACACACACACGCAACAAGCAGGCAGUGUCCACACCUGACCGUUUCUGUGGCUUUUGUUUCGUCAGCAGUUUUUAUUUUUAAAGACUGACUAUUAUACUGUAAAAAACGUUUUAAUUCAACUGUGGGUUCCUUCAAACUUUUAUGUUAUGUUCAAGCCRCAAAGUGAAAGCAAAGUCUUUUUUUUUAGUUAACUGGAGAAAACACAGUUUCUUUAAAUAAAAGUGGAAAAACAACCAA